CGCGACGAGGGCGGCGCGGCGCGGCCGUCGCGGUGGAGCGUGUACGGCGCGGCGGUGGCGGCGCGGCGCAGCGCGACGGGCGCGGUGCGGCCGCUGCUGGAGGAGCCCAGGUUCGACGUCCAGGCCACGGUCGGCCAGCAGGAGUGGUCGCUGCAGAACUGGCGGGUCAUAGUGCAGACGGCCUUCGCGUCCUGCAUGAGCACCGCCCCCUUCGCCGCCUUCAGCCUCACCGGUGGAGUCUACGGCCGCGACGAGGGCAUGGACAGAGCGGCCAUCGGCACCGCCUUGGCUCUGUUCAAGCUGGGCCGCUUGGGCACGCUGGUGGUGCUCAACGCACUCCCAGAGUGCGGUCCGCACGCCCCGCCCCUGCUGGAGCCACGUCACCUGUCGCACCUGCUUGCCGCGGCGCUGGGCGUUGCAGGUGCCCUGUGCACCCUGGGCCCCUCGCCGCGGCUUCUCUGCGCCGGGGCGCUGCUGCUGGGGUUCGGCUGGACGGACCCCAUACUGCAGGUCCACGCCGCCGAGCACGCCGGCGGGUGCAAGGCUGCGAAGGUCCAGCUGCUCGGCUGGAUCUGGAGAGGGCGGCUGCUGGGCAUGCUCCUGGGCGCCUUCGGCUCGGGGUAUCUCUACGACUCCGUCGGCUGGGGUGGCGUCGUUCUCUUGCUGGGGGUCCCGCACCUGUCCUACCUGGUCGCGGGCGCGUUGUCUCUCCAGCCUGUGGCCCCCAAGGUGCAGCGCCGCCGCCAGAGCCCAGGCCGCCUCACGCUGGACGCGACGGCGGUGGGGAGGCUGAAGGGCUUCAGCACGAGCUGCAAGGAUGACUCCAGCGGGCUUCGGGUGCCGUUUGUGCUCCUGCUGCUGUCGGCAUGCUGUGUCGCCGAGUACACCCUUGGCGUGAUGCUCUCGACCAUGCCGCUGUAUUUCACCACGGGCCUCGGCUGCCAGGAGACGAUUGACUUGUUCACCUUUGGCGCCUUCGACACCCUGCGCGUAGCCCUGGCUACGUCGGCGGUGGUCUCGGCGUCCUUCUGCUCUCGGCGGUGCCAGCGCAGGGACGGAGAGCGCCGCGGACCCGACCCCCCCGUGUGGGUCAAGCUGGCCGUCCUCUGCCCGCUCUACGCUUUGUGCGCUGCCCUGCCCCUGACCCGGCACCUGCACACGGCGAUGGCCGGGCAUCUGGCCGCCGGGGUGCUCUACAACCUGGUCGGCCCGAUCCUGUCGGCGGAGUACCUGUGCGCGCUGCCCGAGGGCAGCGUGAAGUUGUGGGUGUCGGUGAAGACGGUCGCGGAGACGCUGAGCUCGUCGCUGGGCUCGUUCUACGGCCCCUUUGCGCUGGCGUCCGGCGACGUGGCCGGCGUCUUCCUGGUGCCCACGGCCCUGCUGCUCGCCGUUCCCGCGGCCGAGAGGGUCGGGGCGUGGUGCUCCUCGGGGCGGCUCGGCUCCCGCGGCUCCGCCGCGGUGGCCCAGGUGCCGCCGAGGAGGCAGAGGCUGACGAUCAAGACCCACGGUGGGCUCGUAAUCCAAGAGACGGUGGCGGUGAGCAGCACGCCGCUCCUCGGGCCCCUGGGCCACCUCGCCGACCUCCGUGCCGAGUUCCAGGGGCCCGGCUUCUGGGCCAACAACAGCCAGGCGAUGUCCUGCCUGGCCGUCGCCUUCUCCGCUCUGGGGCAGAAGGAGAUGUGCGUCGACGCAGUGGUCGCCGCCUCUGGCAUACAGGUGCACCACGCGCUGGGACGGCCCCUCACCCACCUCGCGGUGAAGACGAUGCUGCAGCACAUAUUCCUGGCACGCGACAUGCCCCUGGCGUUCCUGCACACUCCCGCGAGCUCUUUCGAGGACCUGGGCAUGUUCGAGGACUACCUCAGGCACUUCGUGCAGGACUGCGUGGUCCUCCUGAACUUUGCCACCGACGGGCUGGAGAAGCUGUACGAGGGGGGGCACCCGGGGCAGAGAUCGCCGGUGCCUCCCGAUGGUUGGGCCAUUCCAGCGAGGAUGACCGACGAGGGCCUCGUCCAGCUGGUGCUGCUCCACGGCGACGCCACGGCGUUCGUGCGCACUGCGGGGUGCCCGAGCGCGCUGCUGCUCGACGGGUGCCGGGCGCCCUCGCUGGCGCCCGGGCUCCCGCGCGACGUGAUCGUCCUGGGCCCGCGGCCCCUGCUGGUGGGCCCCCAGGCCUGGCGCCCUCCCGGCGGCGCCGUGUCCCCGCUCGUGGCGCUGCUGGAGGGCGUGGCGCGCCGGGCGCCGCACGCAGGCUGGCGCCGCUGGCACCAGCCAGAGGGCCCCUCCUCCGCGCUGGCUGCGGUAGCGGCCUGCCUGGAGUGGAACUGCGGGGUCGCCGCCGCCUCUGCGGAGGAGGUCCUGGAGCUGUCCUCGGCCAGCCUGAGCGCAGCGAUCGGGGGCCGCUUCUCCCUGGAGGCCGCCCGCGGAACCCUUGGCGAGUGCGCGGAGGCCAUGGGCCUGGAGCUGAGCCUCGAGGGCCCCGUGCGCUUCUGCGACGGCUCGCUGGGCGAGUUCGCGCAGAGGGUGGAGCGGAGCAUCCUCGCGGGGAGCUACCCCCUUGUGAGCUUCGACCCGAGGGUUGCGCACGGGGUGCCCGGUGGCGAAGGCUGGCCAGAGAGCCACUUCGCUCUUGCGAUCGCCUGCGACCUGGAGACCGACGGCGAGGGCGGUGGUCUGCUGAUGCUGGACCCCGAUCCUGAGCGCUACGGGAGGUACUGGUCCUGCUCGGUGGAGGCUUUGUGGAAGGCGUGCCUGGACGAGGACCCACAGACCGAGCAUCCCAGGGGGCUCGUCUUGGCCACCGCGCGCGAGGACCCGGACCCAGAGAUCGAGUACCUCGCCGGCGGGGGCCUGGACAGCGUGCACCCCGAGCUGGUCGUGGCCGCCGCCGCCGCCGCCGCCGAAGCAGGCGGCGGCAGCUGCGUCCAGCGGCAGCGGGCCCGGAGGGCGGCCGAACCCGAGGCGCGGGCCUCGCCACGCGAGGCCCCAGCGCCAGUGCCGCAGGUGCCUCCGCCGCUGGCGCAUGUCGCGGCGCCCGCGCCGCAGCUGGAGGCAGGGGCGGAGUGUGUGGCCGCCGCCGACAGAGCGCGCGGCGGCCGCCGCCAGCCACAGCCGGCCGGGUGGGCCGCCGAGCCCGCUUCGCCAGCCUCGCUGCGCAGGGGGCCCGCGAAGCCGUGUCGGGCGAGGGCCCUGGAGACUGUCGCGCGCGCGCGGCAGAUGGCGCAGGCGGAGCCCGAGGCGCCCCAGGUGGUCCUGCCCGCAGUGCCGCCCUGGCCUUCCGCGGUGGUCGUCGUCGAGAGCGUGGCGGGAGGCGUCGUCGAGGCGAGCCUCCAGGACGCCGACUAUGCGGACUGCGCCUGCGCACAGGCAGAGCAUGGCCAAGUGCCCAGCCCUCUGCAGGCCUUGGUGGACCGCGUCUUACAGACAGCUGAGCGGAGCGAAGGACUGCGCGAGCACCAGGAGGGCGGCCUGGCUCCCAGGGCCACCCUGCAGUGA